CUCAUAGCAGCUGUACAUUUCCACUUCAAGCCAGUGUUUCUUUUUUUCAAUCUUUUUCAUUUGUUUUUGGGGGUUUUUCAAUAAUAUUUGGCCAUUUUUCUGAACUAUUUGGAACUUUGUUUGCUAAAAAACGAGAAAGAGGAGAGGUCAGCGAGAACACAGUUGGAAAACUUCAAUCUUCUCAUGAUUUUUGUCACUUGCACAAGGACCAUUUCUAUUCUAAUGCUCUUAUUUUGGUCCAUCGGACGAUAUCCUGCAUUAAUGUAUUUAGCAGAAUCUCUGUGACUUUUCCAAAAGAUAUCACAAAUGUGAUAAUCCAUAUUGACUGGACUGUAUUGGACUGGGCUGAACAGAUAAUUCUAUUUUUGUUACAUUUGAAUGUUUUUGGACACUAUUUUAAUGUAUUUAUUUGAUGGGACCACAGUCUUUCAGUAAUAAUUAUUUAUUGUUUUGAACCUGAUCACCAUGCUGGACACCAACCCGACCCUUCACACAGACCCCACCUCUUUUGGGCCCCCUCCAAUCAGCAACAGCAUGGAUAAGCAACGCAUACGAUUGGAGUUAGAACGCCGGGCUUGUCAGAGCCUGAGGGAAGUGCUCCAGCUCAAACUCCAGCAGAGACGGACCCGUGAGGAGCUGGUCAGCCAGGGGAUCAUGCCACCGCUGAAAAGUCCAGCUGCCUUCCACGAACAGAGACGAAGUUUAGAGCGAGCGCGGACUGAAGACUACCUAAAGAGGAAGAUCCGAAGUCGGCCGGAGAGGUCGGAGCUGGUCAGGAUGCACAUUCUGGAGGAUCACGUGCCUGAUGGUUGUUGGCUGGCUAACCCGCUGUGUGCUGUGUGUUCAGAGACGUCGGUGGAACCCUCCCUCCAGGCCAAACAACUGCAGCUGAAGAGGGCCCGUCUGGCUGACGACCUCAAUGACAAGAUCUCCCACAGGCCCGGCCCCAUGGAGCUCAUUCACAAGAACAUCCUGCCUGUGCACAGCAGCAUCAAACAGGCCAUCAUAGAGACAGACUUCCCCAAGGUUGCUGGGGAGAUAUCCUCCUUUGAUGAGGACAGUAAUGAUACUCUCUCUCCUGAGCAGCCCAUUGGUCAGGAGUCUCCGCUGGGCCACGGCCCUCUGCCCUCUCCCCCUGACGCCCUAGCUUGCAACAGCACCCCCACACAGUUUCUCACUCAGGUUCCUCCACCACCCCCUCCUCUUCCUCCCUUCCAUGGGCCCUGCCAACCAGUGAAGUUGAGCAAUGGGACAGCAGUUCUGAGAACCGGCCCUGCACUGAUCAAGUCCCAGCCAAAGCCCACCUCAGAGCGCCCCCCUCAGCGAUCCAAGAAGCCCAAGGACAACAAGCCCAAGGUGAGGAAGCUGAAGUACCACCAGUACAUCCCCCCGGACCAGAAGGCCGACCACGAGCCGCCCCCUCAGCUGGACUCCACCUACGCCAAGAUCCUCCACCAGCAGCAGCUCUUCCUCCAGCUGCAGAUCCUCAACCAGCAGCAGCAACACUACAACUACCACACCAUCCUUCCUGCACCACCCAAACCACUAACAGAUCAACCACCUCCCACCAAUGGCCCCUCUCCUUCUCCGGCCGUACCCGCCCCCUCGACAUCCUCCUCCAGUCAAAGUGCACCAAGCCGGCAGAAUGUUACACAUGUGGGAGGGGCCACACCAGGUUCUUUGCCUCCUAACCUGGACGACCUGAAGGUGGCUGAACUGAAGCAUGAGCUCAAACUGCGGAGCUUGCCUGUAUCAGGCACCAAGAAUGACCUCAUCGAGCGGUUGAGGAACUACCAGGCUCAGCAGAACAGUCGUGGUGGUGGUAGUGCAACAACUACAACAGCAGGGGGUGCCACAGGGUCUGGGGCCGGAGCGCCCAAAACCAACCACCCAACACAACAAAAACAACUACUACUACAACAACAGCAACUUUCCCAACACCAGGCCCUGUCCUCUGUGGUUCACCAAUCAGGAGAAGCAGGUGUGGUAACCUUGGCAACCUUCCCGUUCAUGACCACUGCUCCACAGCAGAUCAUGCACUUUGGCAGCACUAGCUCCUCCCCGCCAGUCUCUCCUGCCCCCUCGGACCGCUCGCUAGCUGGGAUGAGCCCAGACGAGACGAGCUGUAAUGGAGACUCAUUUGGGGAGAUGGUAAGCUCUCCACUCACCCAGCUAAGCCUCCAUCCCUCCCCCCAGCACCGUGGCACUAUCAAAGAGGAGUUGAGCAGCUCAGCCCCAACAGCCUGCCAGUUCUCCAUGGCUGCUCUGCAGAAACGCCUGCAAGUAGCACCCCCGUCUGUGAACAAGGACCAGAUGCUGCAGGAGAAGGACAAGCAGAUCGAGGCGCUGACAUGCAUGCUAAGACAGAAACAGCGGCUGGUGGAGACCCUGCGCGUCCAGCUGGAACAGGGCAAGAGAGGGGGCCGGGACGCCCCCCCAGAACCCCUCGGCCUUGUCAGGGUGAAGGAAGAGCCCCCAGACAUCCCCAGCAUCCCCUCCACAUUUUGCCCCAUUGCCCGCUCCCUGACUCCUUCCCAGUGCCACAUGGAGGUCACCAAGAUGACCAUCAAGCAGGAGGUCGGGGAUGUGGAAGAGGCCGUGGAGCCGUCCUUGGAAGCCCCACCUCAGCAGGUGCAGCUGGAGCAGAUCCAGGCGCAGCAGCGGUCGCAGCUCGAGCAGCUGAAGCUACAGCAGAUGCAGCAGAUCAACGCGCUGCAGCUGGCACAGCAGCAGGCCUUGCAGCAGUUGCUCCUACAGCAGAACCAGCAGAAUCUGCAGAAACACCGCUCACAGCAGAGGAAGAAGAAGUCCCACAAGCAACAGCUCAAGCAGCAGCAGCAACAGCUACUGUCCCAACAACAACAGCAGAUACAAUCAAAGAACCAACAUCAGCAGAUAUUGCAGGCACAACAACAACAACAGCAGCUGAAGUCACAACAGGCGUCUCAGAUGUUCCUCAAUCAGCAGUCGCGCUCCACCACUUCCUUCCCCUUGGAUCUCCUCAAGACACACUCCACACCUACCCUGGUGACAGACAGCAACGGCAACCAUUUCCUCAUCGCACUGACCAAUCACUGUGCCGAGAGCCAAGGGAGUGAAACGCCACAAGGCACUCCACAGGGCAAAGCAUCCAAUCACAUCAUACUGCAGAGACUGCAGUCAACUCCCACCAAGCUGCCCAGCCAAUCCCCUCUUCAGUUGUCCAGCAGUGACAACCAAUCAAAACUGAAAACUCAACCAGGCCUGGUGAAACAGCCAACCAGAAAGGGACAGAAGGUGGGGCUGCAGGUGUCAACCAAUCACUCCCCAGGGGUCGCGCUCUCCUUCUCUGCCCCGCCCAAUCUCCAGCCUUUCUUCCCCAAUGAUGACUCCUCCCCUUCUGAAAAAGACGCCUCCCCCUCUCCUCCAGCUCAAACGGAGGAUUUGAGUCCCGGUCUUGACCAUGAACCCCUGUUCAGCCCUCCUUCUCCCAAACAGACGCCCUCCCCUAACCCACCGGAUGACAAGGAUAAUGGAUCCACCCAGCAUAUGGACGACCUCUUCGACAUCCUGAUUCAGACAGGAGAAAUCUCAGCCACCUUCAAACCAGCGCCCGACCCUUCCCUGGCGCGAUUGCGCCCCAACACCCCUUCCCCUUCCCGCUCUCAGGCCCCCUCCCCUCUCCAGCUUCAACUCCACUUUUCGCCCCCCACCCCUCCCGAACCCGAGACCCCCAAGCCGAGCCCAGGGGAAGAGGAGCUGCAAGUGCCGGCCACCAUUGACCAGGACGUAAGCAACACCGGAAGUGGACGUCUGGAGGACUUCCUGGAGAGCACCACAGGCAAACCCCUCCUGGGAGUGGAGCCUGGCGGGCCCCUGACCCUGAUUGACGACCUUCACAGUCAAAUGCUGAGCACCCCCAGCAUCCUGGACCACACAUCCUCACCCAUGGACACCUAUGACCUGUCGGGCUACACGGCCAACCCCCCUGGCCUGAGCUUCGGAGACCAUGCCCUGGAUAGCAUGGAUUGGCUGGAUAUCACCAUGGGAGGGGCGAGCAACGAGAUUGCAGGGCUCGCCCCACUGGGUCCCCUGGGCCCCCACACUCCCCCCAGCGUCUUCUCAGCAGACUUUCUGGACAGUCCAGACCUGCAGCUCCACUGGGACUCCUGCUUAUAGCCCUGGACAGUCUUAGUGUCAUCCACACGGAUGGAUGCUGAUGUUACGUUGUCAAACUCUUUCUCUCUUUUCUCAAUGUACGGUACAAUGACUCCACAACACACAGGCUCUACUGCACUCUGAACUCAGUCCCUCUUACUGAAUAACACUUUGAUAGAUUUCUUAUGUGCAAACCCUUACGUUCUAUAAGGAAGGCCCUCUUACACACGUAGCUUAUACAGUAAUACCUUUGUUAACAAACCCGGUGGACCGUAGUUGAUGAUGCUCCUUCAUCUGAGCCAGUCAGCAGCUUACCGUAGCCACCCAUCUAGACUAUUGUCUACGUUUAUUAUUGCCCUUAGUAGUAUUAGGAUGGUAAUAGUGUGGAGAUAUUGUAACAAUGUUGAACCAGUAAUGUGAGAACAAGACGAUAAUCACAUCUGUCUAGGAGAUUUAGGGUUAAAAGAACACAACCUACUUAUUUUCAUGAGAACUUUAGAGGAGAUGAUCAGGGAAGCCAAGGUGAAGGAGAAUCAAAUAGCUGUUUGUUAGCAUGAAUGCAUGCAGGUGUCAGACCGUGGCUCCAGUGUAGCAGUCUGGUGACCGCAGCUCUGACUGAGUAGGAGAACUGCAGGAGGAGCCUGGUACAGAGGAGAGACACACAGGACAGUGAUAUUUGACUAUACUGUAUUUUUGCCCAUAAUAUGGGGUGUAUUUUGGAAUAUAUUUGAAAAUGCCAGGAAACAUGAUUUCAUGUUUUAGAACACGUGGUCUUACUCUCUUAGCUUUAAUGAUAUUGCUCUCGAACAUUAUGACAGACGUGAUAGGAUUUGAUAUAUUUGAUAAAAAUGAGAACCUGCUUUUUUUAACAGAGGUAUUGCUGCUACGUAGUGUACUUGAUCUCCCUUGGACAUAGGUUCAUUUUCAUAGACGCGCAGAACUAUAUGUCAGCCAGUACUGUAGCUAAAGUACGUUAGGGUUAAGCGAUUGCAAAGAUGGAAAUGUUUGUUUCAUUUUAACCUAUAUAAGCAAUUAAGUAUGCGGAGAUGACGUGUUUCGUGUAUACUGUAGUGUAUACUCCAUCAAUUAUAGUGAUGCCUACUGAACCAGGAGCCGCAUUGGUGAAUCACGAAUGCUGUGUUAUUAUUUUGGGUGCCCCUUAACAUCACAAUUGUAUUAUUAUUAAUAUGUACUGUAUCAGUACCUUUGCCAAACAAUUUUUUGAUAAAGUCCUCCCUAUAAGUUCUUGCUGUGAUAUACCAAUUUAGACACUGAAAAUGUAUUAUAGUGCACAGUACAUGGUUUACUGUGACAAAUUCUGUCAACAGUGUGAACUCUGUAUCCGGAGUUAGAAAACCCAUUUUUUAUUUUUUAUUUUAUUUAACCUUUAUUUAACUUGGCAAGUCAGUUAAAAAUAAAUUCUUAUUUACAAUGACGGCCUACCCCGGCCAAACCAGGACGACGCUGGGCCAAUUGUGUGCCGCCCUAUGGGACUCCCAAUCACGGCCGGAUGUGAUACAGCCUGCAUUUGCACGGCCUCAGACUCGCACAACACUGCACACACAUGUGCACAUGCUCAAGCAUCACUUGCUUGUUUGAAUGUAUUAUCCUUUUCAUGGUUUGUUGCAUAUCACCACAAACAUGCAUUCAAGAUAUGCUUCUCUCUCACUUCUCCUGUGUGUGUGUUUGUGGUGGGGGCGGACAGGCAGUUUCUAUCCAGUAUAUCCUCCUCUUUGACUUUACCCUCAUGGUGGCCUGACUGGUGCAAUCCCAUGGUAGAGGGAUUAUAGACCAGUCAGCCCCAAUCUGUUGUAUUAGGGAUUCUGAAAUGCUCCAUUUUAAGUUGUCAAAACUUGAGGGAUUUGGGGAUUGCUCGGGGGAGGGAAACUUCAUGAUUUGGACAUUUUAUUAUGUAUUUUCUUUUUUUUUUAGAAAAGUAAUUGAUUAAAUUCAAUUUUAUAACUUGUGUUUUGCCAUGUGGAUGUUUGGGUGCCACGGCAUGGAAUGAGGGUUGGAGAUUAACAUUUUGAAAAAGCGGAUACUGUGAAGUAAUCAUUUAGCACCAGAAUCCCCGUAGAGCACGUUUCUCCAACUGGCGGCCCUUGUCCCGAAUUUGGCCAGUGGGUGAUUUUAUUUGGCCCCCCAAAUUUUCUGAGCAAAACAAAAUACAAUAUAUAAUUGUUUUAUUGUUGGACAUAAAAGACUAAAAACACGAGCAAAUCGGCUUCAAGUUAUUUUAAUUAUGGAAGUCAGUUCCGAAGAAUUCCCGUGCAUAAGAGAUAUACAGUAUGUGUUCACAUACAAAUGUAUGCAAGGUUUGAAAUGAUUACAUCUGUUUUGUCAAAUAUUUGUAAAUAUAUUCCAGCCCCCUGACCUUCUGCUCAAGAAAUAAUUGGUCUGCAGCUGAAUCUAGUUGAUGAUCCCUGCCCUAGAAUGACCAAACUACUGUAUUACAACUUCUGUAUUACAACUGGCCAAUAGGUAUAGACCCUGCUUUGCAACUGCCCACUUUCAUGUGCUCACUUUUUUUUGUCUGUGUGUCAUCAAGUUUACUGAUGAGGAGAAACACAAAGGUGUAUAUACAAUUGGUAUUGGUAUUUUCCACAUGUUAUGUAGAUCACAUGUAUCAUCUUUGUAUUCAUUGUUUUAUUUAAUGCUUUCUCAAAAACCUUACAGGACCCAGUCACAGCAGCCAUCGUCCUCUUCCCUUACCUCUUCAAUGAAGAUCCAAGGGGCUUCUGGACGCUUGUCAAAACUGAACUCUUUCAAUAAGCAGUUCAUAUUUUUUUUCUUCCCCUAAACGUUUUAAGGAACCAUUAAAGGAUUCUUUGAAAGCUC